AUGAAUCCGGCUUUUACAAAUAUUGCAAUCAUGCUUGUUGGUAUGCAAGUUGCCAAAAAAUUAGAUUUUGAAAAUCCAGAUGUUUUAUUUUAUACAAGAGCAUUUUACAUUGCAUGUCAAGUUUUAACAUUUUUAAUUUAUUUUAUUGUUAGAUUUAAAAUUAAUUCUAAAAAUGAUUUGACAACUAUUAAAUAUGUUGAACCACCAAAUCCUAUGUCUGGACAAACUGAACCAAGAGCUGUUGUAACUACUGUUAAAGAAUAUGAUUUACAACAAGUUAAUUCUCAAAUUAAAGGUAUCUUUACAGGAUUAGCUAUGAUGGGUUUUAUGCAUAUUUAUAUGCAAUAUACUAAUCCAUUAGUUAUGCAAAGUGUUUCUGGUAUAAAAUCUGCUUUAGAAUCAAAUAUUGUUAAAAUUCAUUUAUAUGGAACUCCAGCUACUGGUGAUUUAAAAAGACCUUUUAAAUCUGCUCCUGGAUUCUUAGAAGCUUUAACUGGUGGUGCUGGUGUACAAACUGAUAAAGCUUCAGUUGAAAAUGCCGAGGUUAGUGGGGCAGGUGGUAUUAAACAAGAUUAA